GGGCUGUGGGCGGGGGCGAAGACAAAUGGCUCAGGUGGACUCCUCGCUGGAGCUGUUUUGGAUCUUUGCUGCUGCUGCUCUUCCUGCUGCCGCCGCUGCUCAGCUGGGGGUCCGGUCACCAGGCAAAGAGCCCUCUCGGGUUGGCCAGAAGUCAUGAGCCGUUUCUUGAACGUGUUACGAAGCUGGCUGGUGAUGGUGUCCAUCAUAGCCAUGGGAAACGCGCUGCAGAGCUUCCGAGACCACACCUUUCUCUACGAAAAGCUCUACACCGGCAAGCCAGACCUCGUGAAUGGCCUCCAAGCUCGGACCUUUGGGAUCUGGACCCUACUCUCAUCAGUGAUUCGCUGCCUCUGUGCCAUCGACAUCCACAACAAGACGCUGUACCACAUCACACUCUGGACCUUCCUCCUCGCCCUGGGCCACUUCCUCUCCGAGCUGUUUGUCUUUGGGACCGCAGCUCCCACGAUUGGCGUCCUGGCACCCCUGAUGGUGGCAAGCUGGCUUCCUUUAUGGUGCCAAAAGCGGUUGCAGCAAUACCAGGCCUCACAUGCCAACACGACGUCUAGAAAAAUAGCUCAGGGAUACAGACUAUCCCUCCCUCACCAACUACUGUUAAGGAGGUAGUAAAAGCAAUGAUUUUGCAGAGUUUGCAUGUUAGUGUAGAUCCACAUGGAACCCACCUAAGAAAGUGAAUUGAAAACAUGCAUGAGUUGGAUGCGGAUCCUCUGAGCAUACGUCAUAGAAAUGUGAUUCCAGACGAGCAAAGACAAGAUCUCAAAGGAUCCAAAGAGACGAUUUAGAGUAGUUGGAAGAUACUUUGAAUAUUCUAUUUCUUUAACCGCCAGUCUUGGCUCCCUUCCGAGAUGAUUUAAAGUAGAAUCCGUAAUGUCUCUCCAGCUAAGAACUGCUAACAGAUAAUGGUCCCAGAAUGCCACAGACACAGUGCAAUUUCCAGGAAAGAAAUGCACAGAAAGCCAAUAACAGCAUGUCCAGAUCACAGUACGGGGUGAACGCACCUGGGAGGGGAGAAGUGGCAGUUGGCCGGACAGAUCAGAAGAAAAGUGGCAGCACCACGGCAGAUGCCGAAAGCGUGGACUCUGGCCAGGGCAGGAGGGUACAGUCCUAGAACAAAUACUUCGGCCACGCUUUGAGGCAGAGCCAGAAACCACAGUGGGCUCUGUAUCAGCGGUUACCCCGAGUGGACCGUCUGCAAAUACACACAGCACAGAAGGCGGUCAGGGUCACGUGCUGGGCGCCGAGUUGCCAGGCACCACGUAGGCCAACGUUCACUUUUACUGCCUUGUCUUUAAAAAGUAACCCACUGGGAUGGUAACAUCUGCGUAAACAGAGGACCCACCUCCGCAGAAGGCCACAGGAGCUGCUCCUCUCGCCCCAGCCCCUCCCGCACCGGAAAUGGGCAAGACUCUCAUUCUUGUGCCAAAAGGCACCUCCGCCCCCACCUGAUGACAAGGCAGACCACUCGGAGAAUCUUUUAUUGCCUUAAAACAUCUGGCAUUACAAACAGAAAAUACAAAUUAUGUUCUUAAAGGAACGAAUGGCUCUGGUAAA